GGGGGAAAGCUGGCGGGCCCAAUCCUGCUCCCGGCGAAGGCACCCCCCUCCCCAACACACACACACACACACACGGCUCCGGGAUUGGUUUCCUCGCUGGGGAGGGGACUAGGCAGCGUGUGUGUGUCGCACGAAGUUGAGCGCAGCCCGGAGUUGGCGGACUUUCGCCUCCCACUGGGUGGGGAGUGGGAGCCUUUAAGAGAGGCUGGGAGCUCGUUGGGCAGCUCGUGUCCAGCGGCGGCUGCCUGCGGGUCCCAGCGGGAUCCAGCCAGGAGCGCACCAGGAGCGCUGCAGAGGAGGCCACCAGGAGCCCUUGCUGUGCUCCCCGCCAUGGGAGAGGAUGGGGUGCAGGCCGAGCGGAGCGGCGCCCACGCUCCGCCGAGCCCCGAGGAGCAGCUGGAGCAGAGCCCCAGCCCGGAGCCCUCGGGCAGCCCCAGCCCGCUGCCUGCAGCGCCGGGAGAGGCGAUCCGGGACGGCUCGCAGGUGAACGCCAUCACCGUGCUCACCCUGCUGGACAAGCUGGUGAACAUGCUGGACUCGGUGCAGGAGAAGCAGCUCAAGAUGGAGCAGCGGCAGAUCGAGCUGGAGGGCUCAGUGAAGGGCAUCCAGGGCGACCUGAGCAAGCUGUGCAAGCACCACACCUCCACCAGCAACGCGGUCAGCAAGCUGCUGGAGAAGUCGCGCAAGGUCAGCGCGCACACCCGCGAGGUGCGGGAGCGCAUGGAGCGCCAGUGCGCGCAGGUCAAGCGGCUGGAGAACAACCACGCGCAGCUGCUGCGCCGCAACCACUUCAAAGUGCUCAUUUUCCAGGAGGAAAAUGAGAUUCCUGCCAACGUGUUUGUGAAAGAACCCGUUCCCAGUAUUACAGAAGGAAAGGAAGAGUCUGUGGAUGAGAACAAAACUCUGGAAGAAACCUUGCAUACGGUGGAGCUGUCUUCCGAUGAUGAAAUGCCUCAUGACGAAGAUGGUCUGGAUGACAGCGUAGAGGAAAAAAUGGGAGAAUCAAGAGCUGAGAAGAUAAAAAGAUCAAGCCUCAAGAAAGUGGACAGCCUCAAGAAAGCAUUUUCUCGCCAAAAUAUUGAGAAAAAGAUGAACAAGAUCAGCACAAAAAUCGUCUCAGUUGAACGACGGGAGAAGAUUAAGAAAUCGCUCACUCCACAUCAUCAGAAAUCCUCCUCCUCAAAAAGCUCCUCUUUCAAAGCGUCUCCCCUCCCAUUGAACGUGAAGAAAGUCCAUGAAGGAGAGACCCCUGCUGAAAACGAGGACAAACCAACAGAAACGACAAGCAGUGAGCAGGCAGUGAAUGAGGAGGAGACCUCGUUCACUGAGGGGCUCUCGGAUAUCACACCUCCAACUUCUCUAAUUGAGGAAGGCAAAGCAAUAGCUGAUUCUCUGGAGAAAGAAAGCAGAGAAGGGGACGUGACGAUCAACAGCAACAUUGAGCUCUCAAUUGUUGAAGAUGAUGAAGAAUAUGGGACAGCACUAGAAGUUUCUAGCCAGAGACUGUAUGAUGAAAGAAACAAGCCAACCAGUGGGGAAACAGAACAAUCUGAUGAAGAAUCAACUCAAGCAGCUGUUCUCCAGAUAGACCAAACUGCAUAAUAAAUCUGAGCCUUCCUUUGUGUUCAGAAAUGCAAACAGGUUUAGUUAAGCAAAGAAGCAGUGUAUAUUUCUGUUACACAUACAAUGUAUCGGGUGACAGUGAUUAAGUUUGUUGUUUUCUGUGCAGUGCUAAUGUAUUGCAUAGUAUUGAGAUGCAGAGUGAACAAGGUCUACUAUGCAGGCAACCUACAAGGUGCUCCACUCCUAUACUUGGUCAAACAGCUGGUAAUAUUAAUUUAGAGUUGCUGCAGUCAGUUGCAAUUGGAGAGAUCAGGAAAAGAACUUGACCAGUGGAGGCAGGCUGGUCAACUGGAUUUUUAAGUUAGAUCAGGGAUGUGCUUGGAUAGUAGUCAAGAAAUAUUUUUUUUCCUUCUUAUUGCAGUAUUUUGUAGCUGUGUAGUAGUUUUUUAUAUAAACUUAAUGUCACUGAACACUCUAGCUUAGCUUACCUUGCCAUGUCCUGGAUAUGCUAAUGGAUUCAGUAAUUGUUGUAUAUACAUGUAUAUUUUAUUUUGGGCAUGGCUCCAUUUUACAUUCUGACUAAAAGAGCAGAAUAUGCAAAGGGUGAAAUCCUGCCUCCUGAAAUCAGGGGAGUUUUGCCAUUGAGUCAGUGGGGCCAGGAUUUCACCCAGAGUCUUUUGUUAGUCACUUAAUAGAAACAACUGUGUUUAUAUGGCAAAGGGAGACAGGAUUUUGUAAUUUACAGCAGUUUAUAGAAAUAGAUGACUGACCAGGAUGAAUGUGUUACUAGCUACAGUACUUACCAUGAGAUCUUAGGUAAUUCUUGGCAAAAACAGUGACAGAGAUAGAAACAAGGGAUGAUAUGAUAGAAACUUAGAGGCAAUAUGAUGAAAGAUCAGAAGGGGAGAAUGUGAAAAAGAAAUGGAAAAAAAUCUCUACUGCCAGUAUAAAGACUAUACACUCAAAUAACACAAUUAAAUUUCUACUUAUUCCUUAGAGCAGUAUAUUUUCCAUCUUUGCACCUGUACUUAAGAAUAUUUUGAAAAUAGCAUAAAACUUAUCUAUAUAAAGAUUUUCAUAUAUGUAAUGCUAUACCUACAGAAUAGUUACAUAGUCACAGGGAUGUAAGGACAUGGUAAAGUUUCAUGUUUCUGGUCAAGAUGUUAAAGGAUAACAGUAUGUUGUGGUUUUAACUGUUUGGCAAAGAGGCCAAUUUAUAAAUCCGUGGGGUUGGAUUCUCCACUAAUGUUACAACUUUCACACACAAAAAAUCCUAUAUAUUCUCAAAUUACAGGUUGCAAAUUUUGAAAAGGCAUUAAAAAUGAGGGGUUAAAGAAAUUUCAUUCCCUUUGAAUUUUCAUUCCAGCUACUUAUAAAUGAAAAAAAAAACCCCUUAAUUGCCUUACAUCCAUGUUAUUUUUAUGCAUUGUUUGUUUGUUUUCUGUUGUUUCCUGAAUACUGAAUUCUUGUUACAUAACAUUGCACUAACAUGUUGCUUCCUUCCUUGUAUAAAAUUACAAAUGAUUUAAAGUUUUCUAAGAAAAAAAUACACAUUACAGAAUGCUUACCAGAGAUCACACCAUGGAGGGAAGCAGUCUCUUGAACCAGUAAAUCGCACUGGAAAUUAGCCUAUAAGCAUAGCGGAUUUUAAAUAGGCACUGUUAAAAGUUAAGCUCUUUAUUAUAUAGUAUCAUACAAGAACUAUCAUCUGUAAGAAGAAUGAUGACAUAAUCCAUGCAGCUACAUUAUUUUGUAUUAACCAAAAUGUAACUCAGUUAUUCAAUACUUGUAACUAACUACAGAUGUGAUGAAGUAAAUAAAAAUAAAAAAAUCAAACUAA